AUGUCCGGCCCCAUCGCAGGCGUUGUUCCUGCAAGCCUCGCCUUUUUGGCCAUAUACAAUCCUUCCCUGAGCACAUCUGACGAUACUUUUCAUGAACAAAUCGUGUAUUACUACUCGAAGUCUAGCAACGCCCGGCGCAGCGGCAAGGCCAAUGACAACGAUAAUGGUGAGGACACUAAAGAGGAGAAGAACGAGAAAGAACGACAGAUUGGCCUCGCUCAAGGAAUGGUGGAAUUCGCAAAGAGCUUUUCCAAUGGCAAACCUGUAGAUUCGAUUGAAACAGAAAAGUCUCGAAUCAUCCUACACGAGCUUGAGACGGAUUGGUGGCUCUUGGCAUCUGUCGAUUUGACCCGCCUGCCGAGCUCCUCUGAGACAACCAUAAAGAACCAGUCCCAGAACGUUGCGAUUCCAAUCGAGUAUUCAGCUCGCGAAGUCUGUCCACCAGCUCUACUUCUGCAGCAGAUUCUCCGCGCACAUCAAAUUUUCCUCCUACAUCAAGCCUCUUCCGUCGCCGAGUUGUACACGCGCGUCGGGAAACCAAAAUUGUGUGGGUUCCUGAAACGGUUCUGGGAUGCAUUCAUCUGGAGUUGGGAUGUGUUGUUGCAUGGCAAUCCUGCUGUGGAUAUCUUCAACGGACUCAAACUCGCCGCGGGUGGUGAACUGGGUAUAGGCGUUGGAGAAGAAGACUGGGGCAGUGGGGAAAGAGAAGUCCUCGAAGGGUUUAUUGGCAGGACUGAAGGCCUUGUUGAUCUUGUUGUCGCGAGGUUCGGUGAUUCAGCUCGUACGAGUCGAGAUCCUUCCACGAGCUCCUCAGCAACGCCAAGUUCGCGUGACACUUAUCCGGACUGGCAAGUCUCCGAAGAACGUAUUCCAGGACCUGCAGAUGGAAUCAUCUUCUCGGGAAUUGGUGCGUUGAAUAGAGCUUCCGUGAGGAACAUUUCGAGUUGGAUGGAAUGGCUGUAUAUGUAUGGACAAGAUAGCUACGGUGUUCGAGACAACCCAUCUUCCGCUCCUCGUCGGAAACGCAGAAAAGUCCAGCCCUCCAGCCCAGAUUAUCAAACGCCGAGUCAGCGGUCUCCGAAGCAGCAAAAGCGUCCCAAUUCUGUAUCUUCGCACAGACAGGGCUCAGGUAGCUCAUCUGGCCCAGUCACUGGAAUUCCUGCGUCUCUUCUUACACCGCUUAGCGUGCGCGAAAUCCAAGAUCGAAAACUUUCAAGCGUAAGGAAGGAUGAACCAAGGAGUGAUGUGCAAAGCGCGGCAAAUAGUAACUCGCAAGACUCUGCGUACGGCACAGAAACCAUGGUUAAGUAUCUAACACUAGGAGUCUAUGGGUCAAGUUGGGGUAUUCCAUCUGGGAGACCGCCUAUCGAUCAACGAGUCUCGAGUCUCCGUAAAGAAGACAGCAGUAAAAAUAGGCAGUCAACUUGCCCCGAAAAUGAGGGAACAAAGACAGAAUCGGAACUGCCAGGCGGUAAUUUCUUGAUUGGACUUCAAGGCCAGCUCGAGGAGGACUUGCAGAUUUCGGAAGAUGAACAAGAGACAGGAGCGUGGACAGACGGGGAAAAUGUAUCCGAAGAAGGCAUAAUGCUGAAGAACAGGAUAGUCAUAAGAACGCUUCAUGUUGAGCGAGCCAAAAGGAUAGCCGAAGGCUCUGACGGAUCCCAGGCCAGCGAGGACAAGCCAAUGGUUGAAGUUGAUCGUGACCGACUAAGAGUUGUGGUCUACGUCCAACAGCCCUGCAUAUUUACAUUCCUGUUCGAGCUCCAAACUGACGCCCUCGCAAUGCCAUCAUUCUACCGAUCUCUACACCACCAACUCGGGCCCUUGCAGCGUCCACUCCUUGCAAGCACAUCACCCCGCAAAGUCUCUGAGCGAUUGUGGGAAGCCGCCGCUCUAAAGAGUACUGCAUCUACGAAGAGUUCUCAGCCGAUCUGCGACCUUGUAUAUGAUCCGGCGAGAUUGACUGUGCAUACCACGAUCCCGAACAUCCCAGAACCUGGGCCUUAUCCUGGUGACAGCCAGGAGGCACUAGCGUGGACUCGAGUCGAAGCUUUGAGCGUUCACUCUCAGAUAUUGAAUACGUACAGCUCAACGCGCCGGCAUAUUCUCGAGCAAGAAAGGACUUCGAAGACUAGCAGACAAUGGUGGGUGGUCUGGAUGCGUCUACCUCAGACGGGGCCCGCUCGGGGCACCGGCAGUGACGCUUAUCGUGAAGCCUUCCUCAUCAGGAAAGCAAGUGACUACGUCCCGCCUGCAGCGAGAAAGUCGAGCGGCAGAUUUGGGAGAGAGGUAAGCGGAUCUGGUGCAGCUGGAGGAUGGGCCCCUGGGAAGCUGGCAGAGGGUAUUGGGAUCGAUGCCAGGCAGUACAUUGAAGGUCUCCUUAGCCUCAAUCGGUAG